AUGGCCGCCGCCGCCGCCCGUUCCCCCCAGCCUUGUUCUUGCGAUCGCCGGUACACGACGACGUCGAAUCGGCGAGCGAGGGCGGAGGGGAUCCCCUCUGGGGGGAGCCUCAGCAGACUCCGCCCGCCGAGAAGCGGCGUUCUAAGGUCGCAAUGGUGCGCAAGCAAGAGCUUCUUCCUACGGAGCGACGGGGGCUCCAGCGGCGGAUGGGAGAGAAACGAAGGUGCGUGGGCGGGGGGACGCUGGGACAGAGCCGGGAGGUCUGGGAGGGUGGCCUGCAGCGCGGAGAGGAUGGAGCCGUUGGUGGGCAUCGCAGGGUAUGCGGUGCCGGAGCGGAUGAAGGUGGCGUCGCUUGUGGCGCUGGUGAUGUGCCUCUGCAACGCCGACCGGGUCGUCAUGUCCGUGGCCGUCGUCCCUCUCGCCGCCCACAACGGCUGGUCCAGCUCUUUCGUGGGCAUCGUGCAGGUGCCCCCCUUCUUCUCCCCUGGAUCUCUUUCUCUCUCUCUCUCUCUCCCCCUUUUGCUCGCGCUGACUCCACCGCAAGAUCGCGUCGUCCGCCGUCCGUGCGGCCGCGCCCUUACCGUUUACUUUCGCUAGACGGACACUUGUGAGGAUGGUUGGUUAGACUCGACGGGGUGAGGAGGGCUGGUGAGCCCUGUGGCCUGCGUUGACCCUGACCAGUCCGUGAUCCACGUGAUGUGGAUAUCACGUGAGGUAUCCCCCCAGCACGCUUGCUGUAGAGUUGGCGCGGGAUGGGGUCCCCUCCUAGUGGUGGAUGGGGAGCAUUUACGCGGCUAAAAGUUUACUUGGGGGGGGGGGAGGGAAGAGUAGAGAAUUUUACGUUUUUCUGCGCCGCUUGGAUGCAACUCUUCUGAGACUGUGAGCGGCGCGAGUAUGUGUCUGCGUCGGCUAACAGUGGUGGAGGCCUUGCGUACUGCAGUCGUCGUUCAUGUGGGGAUACCUGGUGUCGUCGGUGCUGGGGGGCGCUCUGGCAGACCGCUACGGCGGGAAGCGGGUGAUGGCCGUCGGCGCGGCGCUGUGGUCUCUGGCCACCUUCCUCACGCCGUGGGCCGCCGCCCGUUCCACAGCAGCGCUCCUCAUCGUACGGGCCAUCUUCGGCCUCGCAGAGGGCGUCGCCAUUCCCUGCAUGAACGUCAUCUUAUCCAGGUGAACGCCGCCGCCGCCGUCGUCGUCUUUGCCGUGAUCGUGAAUUCUCCUCGUCUGACGAGUGUGCGCACGGAUGACGGCGACUCAAAAUCAGGUGGUUCCCGAUCCACGAGCGGGCGACAGCCGUGGGGCUAUCGAUGGCCGGCUUCCACCUCGGCAACGUCCUCAGCCUCCUGGUCUCCCCCGUUCUCAUCUCCAGGACCGGCAUCCAAGGGCCCUUUUUGCUCUUUUCGGCCGUCGGAUUUCUGUGGCUGUCAGUCUGGGCAGUCUCCAUGGUCGAUGAUCCCCGCGACAGCAGUCUCCUUAGCACGUCCGAGCUUCGCUUGAUUCGAGCAGGAAAGGACCACACCAGCGACGGCGGCGGCGGGGACCUUCUCCCUCUCCGGCACCUACUCUCGAAGAUGCCCUCCUGGGCGAUCAUAUUCGCCAACAUCACCAACAACUGGGUAUGCAUAUGAUAAACUCUCUCUCGCUCCACCCCUCCCCAACCCCCAAAGCCCCCUGCUUCUCCUCCUCCGCUGCCUAACAGUCAACGCGCUCUCCUCUCAGGGCUACUUCGUCCUGCUCACGUGGAUGCCCGUCUACUUCAAAACUGUGAGUGUCUGACAAAACAUCUGCUGCAUACGUACGUCAACUCUCCCUUCUCGCUGAAUAAGUCGACUGGGGUUUUCGAGUAGGUUUUUGGCGCGGAUUUGAAGGAGGCGGCGUGGUUCAGCGCCGUCCCGUGGGGCCUGAUGGCGCUCUCAGGCUAUCUUGCUGGUUUCACCUCGGACUUCCUGAUAAGGUCCGGCCACCCUGUGACCUUCGUGAGAAAGCUCAUGCAGGUACAUUCGCCUGAUAUGUAUCUACGACAGUAAAAUCACGAGCCCUCGAUGUCUCGGUUGACGGUCGUCUUUGCGGGCAGUCCCUGGGCUUCAUCGGACCGGGGGUCUCUCUCCUUUUCUUGAACCUUGCGCGGACGCCGGCGGAGGCCGCGGUUCUCCUCUCGGUGGCUCUCGGCCUCAGCGCUUUUAGCCAAGCCGGGUUCCUACUCAAUAUGCAGGUUAAUGCCCCUCGCGCCUGAUCUUCUCUCUCUCUCUUGCACAGAUUACCACCAAAAAUUAGGACGAGAAGGGUCCGCCAAGCGCCUGAUAAUUCGAUGGGUUUGCUUUCUUUUGUGUCUGCAGGACAUCGCUCCCAAGCAGGCCGGGUUUCUCCACGGUGCGUAGGUCUGCGGAGGCCAUGAUUCUCCGCAAGUUCCUCUUCGGGUUUCGACAGGCGAGGUUUCUAAUUUUCCGUGUCUAACAGGUAUCGCCAACUCGAUUGGGACCUUCGCGGCCAUCAUCAGCACCGUCGGAACGGGCUACUUCGUGCAGUGGCUGGGAUCAUUCCAGGCCUUCCUGACCAUCACGUCGGUGCUCUACUUCAUCACGGCGAUCUUCUGGAACGUGUUCGCCACGGCGGAGCAAGUCUUCUUCUGA